AUUGUAGAGUUAAAUGACAAUGGUCUUGACAACACGACAUCAGUGCAAUGUAUUGAUCAUGAUCAAUAAUCAACGGGCAUGAUCUAAACAAUUGUGACACAUACAGUGAAUGUUGUUGUUUUUUUAAACCAUAACAUUUAUAGAGGCCAGAACUAAAGACAACUGCUGCUUGCCAGAUAAUCUCCGAAUUUAUUUCCGCCUGUCAAACUAGCUGUCAGCGACAAGGGGCCGUGCGGAGGAAAGGAGCGACUCCAGCCCUCAUUCAGGAAGUCCUGACCAAACUUCACAAAGUCAAGUUGUCUCUCCGAGUUGGACUAAAUGUUAUUGGAAACGUGGGAUUCAUCAAAAGGAACAAGAACAUCACUGGUUUUUCUCCAUCUGUCCCAGCCAUGAAGCAGCAGAGUGGACUAUAGACCCGCUCUGGGCCUAGAGAACAGUACAACUCCCUCACAUACUAAGGGAUGAGGGCCUUGUCGGGCGUCUGAUGUACAUCCUUCCCGUCCGACUUGUUGAAGAAAAAGUACUCCUGCAGUACGGGGUUGCUAUGGUGAAUGUGGGGCGCGUGGAUGAGGAGGAGGAGCUGCAGUGAGGUGGAACACCGCGGUAACCACGGUACCGUCUAGCACCCGCCCACCCACCAUGCCCUCGUCCACGCGGAAGGGAGUGCCGAAGGACCCCGAACAGGCCGACCUCUUCUUCAAAGAUGACCCAGAGGAAGUCUUUUGUGACCUCCACGAGAUCGGCCAUGGCAGCUUCGGGGCUGUCUACUUUGCCAGAAACUCCUACUCCAAAGAGGUGGUGGCCAUCAAGAAGAUGUCCUACAAUGGCAAACAGACCACCGAGAAAUGGCAGGACAUCAUCAAGGAGGUCAAGUUUUUGGAGCAGCUGCGCCACCCAAACACCAUUGAGUAUAAAGGCUGCUACUUGAAGGAUAACACUGCCUGGCUGGUGAUGGAGUACUGCCUAGGCUCCGCAUCAGAUUUACUAGAGGUUCAUAAGAAACCGCUCCAAGAGAUUGAAAUUGCUGCCAUAACCCAUGGUGCCUUGCAGGGACUGGCUUACCUACAUUCCCGUAAUAUGAUUCACAGAGAUGUAAAAGCUGGAAACAUCCUGCUAACAGAGCCAGGCCUGGUCAAACUGGCAGACUUCGGCUCUGCCUCUAUAGCUUCUCCUGCCAACUCCUUCGUAGGAACACCUUACUGGAUGGCCCCGGAAGUGAUCCUAGCCAUGGAUGAGGGUCAGUACGAAGGGAAGAUAGACAUCUGGUCCCUUGGAAUCACCUGCAUAGAACUGGCGGAGCGGAAACCUCCACUGUUCAACAUGAACGCUAUGAGUGCCUUAUAUCACAUUGCCCAGAACGACUCUCCCACGCUGCAGUCCAACGAGUGGUCGGACCCCUUCCGGAGCUUCGUUGACUGCUGCCUCCUCAAAAUUCCUCAGGACAGACCCUCGUCUGGGGAGCUGCUGAGACAUGACUUUGUACGUCUGGAGCGCCCCCCGCGGGUCCUCAUGGAUCUGAUCCAGAGGACCAAGGACGCGGUGAGGGAGCUGGACAACCUGCAGUACCGUAAAAUGAAGAAGAUCCUUUAUCAGGAAAAACACAUGGGGGAGAGCCAGGAGGAGGAGGAGGACUGUGAGCAGGCCAGCUGUAAGAUGAACAGCCUGGGCAGUAACCACUCCCUCCCCAGCACCUCAGUCAGUACAGGAAGCCAGAGCAGCAGCGUCAACAGCAUGCAGGAGGUCCUAGACGAGAGCUGCUCCGACAUGACCAUGAUGCACCACGACUACGACAGCAGCUUAGAGUCCUCCGCACAGUCCAAGAAGGACCACAGGUAUAACUGGGAUAAUGGUCUGAAACCUGACCUCAGGCCGGAGCUGAUGCCAUUAUCCUCUGACAUGAGCCAGGCACACAACUACCGCCACAACAACUUCUCCACCAUCAAAUCAGCAUCACUUGUAACAAAGCAGAUCCAUCAGCACGAGCAGGAGAAUGAGCUGCGGGAGCAGAUGUCAGGUUAUAAACGGAUGAGACGGCAGCACCAGAAGCAGCUGAUCGCUCUAGAGAACAAGCUGAAGGCAGAGAUGGACGAACACAGACUGAAGUUGCAGAAGGAGGUGGAGACUCAGGCCAACAAUGCCUAUAUAGAGCUAGAGAAACUGGCCAAGAGACACACCAUCCACUGUGAAAAAGAGAUGAAGACAAUGUCAUCAGAUGAGAAGAAGUUCCAGCAGCAGAUCGUUUCCCAGCAGAAGAAGGAGCUCACCACCUUCCUAGAUAAUCAGAAGAAGCAGUACAAGCUCUGCAAGGAGAAGAUGAAAGAGGAGAUGAAUGAAGACCACCACACCGCUAAGAAGGAGAAGCAGGAGCGCCUGUCCAAGCACAAGGAGAACCUGCAACACAGCCAGGCUGAGGAGGAGGCCCAGGUUCUGAGCCAACAGAGGGUCUUCUACGACAGGAACUGCAGAUGCUUGAAACGCAAAGUCAUGAUCAAGAGGCAUACGUUGGAACAGGAGCAGAUACGAGAGGAGCUGAACAAGAAGAAGACCCAGAAGGAGAUGGAGCAUGCCAUGCUGAUCAGACAUGACGAGUCCACCCAGGAGCUGGAGCAUCGUCAGCUGAAGACCCUUCAGAAGCUCCGCAUGGACCUGAUCCGCCUGCAGCACCAGACAGAACUGGAGAACCAGAUAGAAUACAACAACCGGCGCGAGAGAGAGCUCCGCCGCAAGCACGUUCUGGAGCUACGGCAGCAACCCAAGAACCUUAAGGCCAUGGAGCUGCAGAUUAAGAAACAGUUCCAGGACACGUGUAAGGUCCAGACGCGUCAGUACAAGGCCCUGAGACACCACCAAAUGGAGGUGACGCCCAAGAGCGAGCACAAGGUGGUCCUCAAGGCCCUGAAGGAGGAGCAGACCAGGAAGCUGGCCAUCCUGGCCGAGCAGUACGAACAGAGCAUCAACGAGAUGAUGGCAUCGCAGGCGCUGCGUCUGGACGAGGCCCAGGAAGCCGAGUGCCAGGCUCUGAGGCAGCAGCUGCAGCAGGAGAUGGAGCUGCUGAAUGCCUACCAGAGUAAGAUCAAGAUGCAGACGGAGGCCCAGCACGACAGAGAGCAGCAGAAGCUGGAGCACAAGGUGUCGCUUCGCAGAGCCCACCUCGAACAAAAGAUUGAAGAGGAGCUGGCUUCCCUUCAGAAGGAGCGUACAGAGAGGAUAAAGCACCUACUGGAGCGCCAGUCAAGAGAGAUUGACACGUUCGACAUGGAGAGUCUCCAUCUGGGCUUUGGUAACCUGGGGGCCCUGGACCCCCUCAAGGAUGACUACAGAUGACCAGCCCUGGUAACCUGGGGGCCCUGGAUCCCCCCCCCCAAGAAUGACUAGACCAGCCCUGGUAACCUGGACCCCCAAGACUACAGAUGACUAGACCAGCCCUGGUAACCUGGGGGCCUUGAACAAAUGACAAGACUAGACCAGCCCUGGUAACCUCCUUGUGACCUCUGUUUGUCGAUGUUCAUCCUCUGGUCUGACCCUCUUCCUCCUCAUCCCCCUGACCUGGUCUGGUUUGACCAGUUAGGGUCUUUAGUCAUACACGCGCACACACACCAGCCCAGUGCUAGUCUAAUGCCAACGGGGCCCCCAAUCUCCUGGUAUUUUUUCUUUUAACUAGGCAAGUCAGUAAAUUUGUCACAAGAUGACAAAAAAUGCUGGAUAACUUCCUAGGCUUGCUUUCUUUUAAAGAAUAACAAUACAAUGUCAGUGUUUCUGUUUCUUGUGCUGUGAUGGCACUUGUAGUGUGACUAAGCAGAAACCAGAGAGGGAGAAUAAGACAGAACGAGCAUGACGAUACAAGUGAAUAAUGUUGUUAAAGCUGUGCAAAAACUUCAAGCCCAAAAACAAACUGAUCCUUCUGCAGCCUUGUCGUCUUCUUGGCGCUGCUUCCAGUUCCUUCAACUCUUUUUUUAGAUUUAUAUUCAUCAGGACAUUUUUAUGUAAAAAAAUGUAAGCGAUUUCAUACGUUGAGAAAAUGUUUUAAGUCAUAAUGUACAUAUUGGUACGUGAAUCAUUUUGACUCUUUGAUUAUUAACUUGAUUUGGGAGGGAGACUUGCAAUGCACCCUGGUACUCCACUUUAUUAUACUGAUUCUCUGCACUGGCACGUAAUGUGAAUAUUACAUGGUUACGUCUGGAAUUUCACCGUUACCUAUGUAGUGCAGUACUUAUAGGGCACUACAUAGGGAAUAGGGGUGUGAUUUGAGACGGCGCCCAUGUGAAUCCCUACUCCCAGGUAGCACAAAGGGCUUUGUCGCAGGGGGAGGGACAUGUAUAAAACAAUUUAUGUAGAGCUUUUACUUAUUUUCAUAUGUUAAUGAUGGAUGAUUUCUCUCAUACUCCUCUUCGUUCAGUAAGUCGACUCGAUCGCUCAAUGCGUUUCUUUCGACAUUUGUCUGAAAUUCGUCAUUCUUUUUGCUUUAAAAGCUGCGGAGUAUUUUCUUAUAAACCAGAUCAGUAAAUAAAUGCUUUAUCAUUGCAUGCCCUUUCAUUUUGUUUUCCAGGAUUAAGAGAAAGCAUGAAUCUGUCAGGGCUUUUAAUUAUAUUUGUAAAUAAAGUGCUCAUCACACAA